AUGGGAUUACUUCUUAAAUACUCAGUGGAAAUUUUGCAAAGAAGACAAAUAUUCAAGGAAUAUCCAUUAAAACGAAAAAUCACUUUUGACAUAAAGGAGGAAAAUCAGAUUUCCAGUAAUAGAGUGAUGACAUCUGAAGACCAAGUCCAAGAAGGGUCAAAACUUCUGAAACUUAAAACAAAAAUGGCUGAUAAAGAAAAUAUCAGAAGACAUACAGAAAGCACUAAUACAACAAUGGAAAAGAAUUAUAUUCCCUUAAAAGCUUCUACUGAAUUAACCAAUUCUACUACAGCAAUUGAAACACAUUAUCUUGAGGCUGAUAAUCAAACUCUGCAGUUGUUACCAGUUAACAGUGAUUCCCAAAAUCAAAAUAUGACACUAAGCAAGGCAUUUCAUCUUAAAAAAAAUCAUAAAAAAAACCAGAUGAUUACAGAAAAACCAAAGCAAGAUGCUAAUGUGUUCAAGAAACCUAUGCUAGGAUAUUAUCAUGGCCAUAUUGUUCAGUCUAAGAUUAAUUCAUUCAGAAAACCUCUACAAGUCAAAGAUGAGAGUUUUGCAACAACAAACAAACUUUCAACUACUUUCUCUAAAGGCACAAAGCCUAACUCCGUAAACACUAGCAGUGUGACAAUAAGAAGUCAUAGAACCUCAAAGACAACUGCUACCACUAAAUUUGAGAACACUACAUCUCGGAACACACAACUUCUGAGGCCUCCCAUUAGAAAUCACCACAGUAACAUUCAGAACAAAGUCAAACAAGACAUUAGCAGAACCUCUGCUAACAGUGUUUCAGUCCAAAAAAAGCCUACUGAAAAAGAACUGUUACAGUCAGAAACAGUUCUAUGUAAUGUCAAAUCCAAUUCUCAGGACACAAAGAGUAAGGCCUUUCAAUCAAAAACAGUUCUGCCUAGGGUCAAAACCACUUCACAGGACAUAAAAAGAAGUAAGGCAUUUUCCCAAAACAUGGCAUCUAAAACUGUAGCCAGGCCUGUUUCAUUUACUAAUGCCAAACUGACAGAAAAGCCAACAACCAUUGAUCAGCGAAGACAUACAUUAGCAAAAGCCACUGUGGAUGGAUCAGCUCAGCCCAAAGAAACCGCAGAAGAGAACAGAUCUAUGUCAUGGAAUCACAUGGCAUCUGAAAAUGUAGCCAGGCCUGUUUCAAUUACUAAUACCAAACUAAAGGAAAAGUCACAAACCAUUGACCAACAAAGACAUACAUUAGCAAAAGCUGCUGUGGAUAGAUCAGCUCAGCCCAAAGAAACCGCAGAAGAGAGAAAAGCUCGCUUGAAUGAGUGGAGAGCUGGCAAAGGAAGAGUGCUGAAGAGGCCUCCUAAUUCAGUCGCUACCCAGCCUGAGCCCGAGAGACAAAAUGAAAAUCCAGUGGGAUCGUUCUGGACUACCAUGGCAGAAGAGGAUGAGCAAAGAUUAUUUACUGACAAAAUAAAUAAGACAUUUUCUGAAUGCCUGAACCUGAUUAAUAAGGGAUGCCCAAAAGAAGAAAUAAUAACCACACUGAAUGACCUGAUUAAAAAUAUUCCAGACGCUAAAAAACUUGUUAAAUAUUGGAUAUGUCUUAUACGUAUUGAAUCAAUCGCAAGUCCUAUUGAAAAUAUUAUUUCACUCUAUGAGAAGGCUGUCCUGGCAGGAGCUCAGCCUAUUGAAGAGAUGCGGCAGACAAUUGUGGAUAUUAUAACAAUGAAGAACCAAGAAAAAGAUAAUUGUGGACAAAAUACUGAAGAUGCAUGUAUAACCAACGAACAAAUUCAGGAAAUCAACACUGAAGAUACAGGUGUUAAUCUAGAGCCAGGAAAACCAGAAAUGGAGAAUAAACAUAAUAGAAAUGUGGUAUUUGAAGAUUGUGAACCACAGCAAGAUGACAAAGGAAAAGAUUCAACUGACAAUUUUAAAACCCCUGAUAAAGAAAAUAGAUCAAGUUGCGUAAUUAAAUAUAACAUAUCUACUACACCAUACUUGCAAAGUAUAAAAAAGAAGAUGCAACUUGAUGAAACAAAUUCUGCAUUUAAAGAGCUAAAGUUUCUAACACCAGUGAGACGUUCUCGACGUCUUCAAGAGAAGAAUUCUAAAUUGCCAGAUAUGUUAAAAGACCAUUACCCUUGUGUGUCUUCACUGGAGCAGUUGUCAGAGUUAGGAGGUGAAACUGAUGCUUUUGUAUGUCGCCCUAACAUAGCACUGUGCCCUAUGUAUUCUGAGACUGACACCUCAGAGGAGAAAUAAAGUUCCAGAAGGGAGGGAGGAUUUUUAGUAUUCUUGGGGUGUCUGUGAGGCUUCAUAUUUCCCUUGAACCUGGAGUUGGCCAAGUACCUAAGUAUUUGUAGAAGUAAGAUCCUGUACUGAUGUUCAUGUCCUAGGAGUUGUUCAUCUGUGUGUGGAAAGCUAAUCCUACCAGGUCAGUCUCAACAGACUGAGUUUUUAAGAUAAGUAAAUUUUACCAGUUUCUUUACCAUGUUCCUUAAAUAUCCAUAGAUUUGUUACGAUGUUACCUUGUUCACUUUAUUAACUUUAACUACAGUAAUGAUGCAUCAUCAGAAAAUGAGGUGUUCUGGAUAAAAUUUAUAUUACAUGGACAUGUUUCAAAAAAUUUUGAUACACUUCCCUGCCUUUAAACAAAAUACUGACAAUUCUUUCUUUGGCUUGACUAGUGUGAAAGUCAAAAUCUGGGGUUGAGAGCUAGGUAUGGUGGAGCACGCCUAUAAUCCUAGCACUCAGAAGGGUAAGGUAGGAAGAUUGUGAAUUCAAGGCCAGCCUGAGCUACUUAAAAGUGAGACCUUGUAUCUAUGAUGGUGUGUAUCUGUUGUCUUUGCCUCUGUCUCUUGAUUAUAACUGAGUUUGCAAAAAGGGAUUGUUACCUGGAUACCCCAUGUCUAACUGAGGUAUUUCUUUAAGUAUAAGAAAAAAAUGGAGCCAAAUUUAGUUGAUAUUCAAAACUUUGAGUUUUUUCCUUUUGUUUCUUUCUUUGCAGCUUGAUUGACUGUUAAAAUUUUAAGUUUCAUAGCUUCAUUUGAUAGUUUAUAAACUAAUAGAGUUUAAGAAGGAUCUAUAUAUUUAAUGUCAUUGUAGUUUAGCAUUUCUAAAAUAAGCAGUGUUUAUUCUGUAUAACAUAAAAGUGUCAUUGUUAAAUCAUGUCCACUUAGACAUACAGUAAAGUUUUCUCCCCACAAAUAAAUACCACCAGGAAAAUUGUUUUAUAAGGUUUGAACUAAUACUAACAUGGCAUAUCAACUCUACAGUUUCCAAUAAGUGAAUACUAAAAGGUCAGUUUGAGAACUGUAUGUAAAAUAUGAGUGUAAAUAACACAUACUUAGUCUUAUGUUCAUUCCAUUUGUAUUUUUAUUUUAUUUAUUCUCUUAUGUUCUAAGAGUAGGACUUUUAUUCUUAAUAUGUUAACUAAUCAGUAUUCAAUAAAAAUAUCUGUAUAAUGAUGUUCCA